AUGAUGCGCAACUUCAUCCACUUCUAUGACCAGGCAAGACAUUCGAUUGAAGCUACUGCUCAGUCAGAGCGUCGGGUGACUUGGGCUAUGAUUCGUGAAGCCUUGAGCGACACCCUCUAUAAACUGUCUAGCAUGAAGUUUAAAGAUCCGAAAGUAGACGGCAAGGAAAAGAUUCUUCGUGAUUUCGACGAGCUCAACGAGGAAAUUACUGGAGGGUUCAGAAAUUUAGAAGACCUUUAA